AUGUCGAGAUUAGGGUUACUCGUGCUGCUGAUCACGUGUCAGGUAGCGUUCGAGGGCGUAGCCGCGGAGGAGGGAAAUUCAAACCGCGUCAGAUACAGGCUGCCGACUACCGUGAAGCCGACUCACUAUGACUUGACUCUGGAGCCAAAUUUAGAGAAAUUCACUUUCACUGGAAGUGAGACGGUCCAGCUCAAGGUUCUGGAGGACACUUAUACUUUGGUUUUGAAUAAGAAAGAGUUGAACCUGUCGAAUAUUGUGGUUCAAGAUCCCGUUGAAAAAAAAAAUUUAUCUGUUGGUAAGGAACAGUAUGAUGAAGUAGAGGAAUUGUUGACCAUUCCCUUGGAGACUAAGCUCACCAAGGGAAAGAAUUAUGUCUUGAGCAUGGACUUUGUUGGCACACUGAACGAUCAGAAGAGAGGAUUUUACAGAAGCAGAUACUUUACCGAAAAUUAUGAAGUACGGUACAUCGCCACGACACACUUCGAGCCAACAGGAGCUCGACUGGCCUUCCCCUGCUGGGACGAGCCCGCUUUCAAGGCGACCUUCCAACUGACCUUGAUUCACUCUAACGAAACCAGCGCGAUCUCCAACACGAACGCAGAAGGCGAGGACAAGUUAGAGGGAAACAAAAGAGUCACCAAAUUUAAGAAGACCCCGGAUAUGUCUACGUACCUGGUGGCGUUCGUGGUAUCCGACUAUGGCAAGGUUAACACUUCUGACGAUAGCUUCCGAGUAUGGACCAAACCCCACGCACUCGACCAAGCGAAGUACGCUUUGGAUGCGGGAGUAAAUUUGAUGAAAAAAUUAGAAGAAUAUACGGGAAUUGGGUAUGGCGUGUCUACCCUGGGGAAGAUGGACCAAAUUUCUAUUAAGGACUUCUCUGCUGGCGCUAUGGAGAACUGGGGACUUGUAACCUACAGAGAAUCCGCUCUUCUCUACGAAGAAGGAGUAACCACCCUCCGCAGCAAACAGAGCAUAACCACAGUGAUCGCCCACGAAUUCGCUCACCAGUGGUUUGGAAACCUAGUCAGUCCAAAAUGGUGGAAAUACAUUUGGCUGAACGAGGGAUUCGCCGAUUACUUGCAAUAUUUCAUCGCUCACAUGUGGAAACCGGAAUGGCGUCUGGACGAGACGUUCGUUGUGGACAACACCCAAGGCAACGCUUUCAUCGCUGACGCGGUUAAAACUGUCCGCGCCAUGAACCACGACGUUUCGACUCCUGCUGAAAUUAGCAAACUUUUCGACAGCAUCGCCUACCAGAAAUCCGGAGCCGUUAUUCGAAUGAUGUCUCACAUCCUAACUGACGACGUCUUCCGUGCUGGACUGAAAAACUACCUAGAAACAUACAAGUUCAAUGUAACCGAGUCGUACAACCUCUUCCAAGUUCUCCAGAAUGAAUCGAAUUGGAAAUGGUCGGACGUCACCUUCGACCAGGUGAUGGACGCAUGGGUAAACAAAUCAGGGUAUCCGGUGUUGACCGUGAAGAGGAAGGACAACGGUAAACUGGAACUAACACAACAGCGAUUCCUUGCGGACGGAACGACCGACGAUACAAAAUGGUGGAUACCUCUGACGUACACCACCUCCUCCAAGGCUGACUUCAAGCAGACAAAACCGGAGAAUUGGUUAGGACCAAACGAGGCGUCCAAGGAAAUUGACGAGUCUGCGAAGAAGGACGACUGGGUCAUCUUUAAUAUUUUGCAAAGUGGUUACUACCGCGUGAACUAUGACGAAGACAACUGGAAGAAGCUGGACAAGGCCUUGAAGGAUGACCACAAUGUGAUAGUUCCGGUGAACCGUGCUCAGCUCGUGGACGACGUUCUGAACCUGGCCCGCGCCAAUCAUGUGAAGUACAGCACCGCGUUGAGUCUGACGAACUACCUUAACAAGGAGACCGACUUCGUAGUGUGGUCCACGGCCUUCAGGAACUUGAACUUCCUGCAGAACAUGCUGCGCACCUCCAAACACUACAACGUGUUCAAGCUUUACGUGAAAUACAUAACGAAAUCGGUGGUCGACGACGUCCUCUUCAAGCUCGAGGAGGAUAAGCAGAAGGAGGACACAGAUCUUAAGAAGCUUCUCAGAGUGAACCUGGUGAAAUGGACCUGCAGAGCUGGGCUUGACAAGUGCAAGAGCUUUGCUGAGGAAGAAUUUAAGGCGUGGCUUAACAACUCCGCUCAGUAUCAAUUGGAUGUCAAUUUGAAGAACAACAUCAUCUGCGCUGGACUGAGGAACGCUAAUGCAGAUACUUGGAACAAGACUGAGGCUAUUCUGAAGGACAUCAGGGAUGAGGACGAAAGGAAGAGUAUGUUCGCGCUCUUGGCUUGCCCUGACUCCACUGAAAUUUUGAAGAACUUCAUUAAUUCUACACUUAAGGAGGGCAGUGUACUGAGCUUCAGCAGUGCUGUGCAGGCUGUUGUGUCCGAACACAACGAGGGUGUCGAUCUCGCUAUAGACAUGCUCAAGAGCGAACAAAAGAGGAUUAAACAACUGCCCAACGGAAAGGACAUUAUCACAUCGACGGUACAGGCAAUUGCGAACGGCAUCACGAAGAACAGCCAAUAUGUUGAGCUGAGUCGUUUCGUGGGCAGACAAGGAUUAAACGCUGAAGAUUUGCAGAGCGUCGUAGAGAAAGCAUCGUCAAAUAUGGACUGGGUCGAUGCCUACGGUGCAGAAGUUGAAAAAUGGCUGUCGGAGAAUCAACACGUGUUCAGCAGUGCCACAUCUCGUAAUAGUAAUUUUGCUCCAGCGAGCACUAAACGAAUAAACACUAGGUUGUGUUGUAAGAAUCGUAGGACGUUUAUUUGUAAACUGUAUCCUAUGGCCCUUGAAGGGAGCGCCAUUUUGUUAAACGUUGAGAUAACGUUCAACUUAAAUAAUGUAACUGAAUAUGUUGUAAAUAAUUGA